GAAACGGUACAACCAUCAAAACAAGCAAUGACAGAUCAAAGCAGCCGACUAUACACAGUGAAGAUGCUGCUUUUCCUUUGUUUGCUACCAUUUUCAAGCCUGGUGACAGAGGCCCUUACAGAGUCAUCUUGCCAAGAAAACGCCAGAUCAUGCAAUAGGGAAUGCCCACGAAACCUGAACCAACAUUUCAACGGCAUUACGGACCGUGUCCUCCUUGGCCACGGCUACCGUAACCUGACAGUAGUUUCGCCGGUCUGGUGCGGCAGGGAGUGUCUCAUCGAUAACCGCUGCUUCUCUUUUCACUAUUCGGAGGGGGAGAGGCGGUGUGAGUUGAAUGGAGCUACAGUGUCGCGAUUCCCGCUGGCUCUGAUUGAGACAAUGGGUACCAACUACUACGGUCCACAGCAGCAAACGUUUGCUGAGUUAAUAACAAGUUGGAAAAAAGAAGUUCCAUUAAGUCCGACAGACUGUUGGUACCAGACUCAAGCACUGGCCUCAUCUGAGUGUCAGAGCGCCAGCCAACACCUCUGCCUUCAAUGGGAACUACAACACGCCUACAAGGAAGGCUACCCGGCAGCAACUACUCAUGGGUCGUGGUACGCUGAUCCUGACGGCCUGGCCGUUCUGACAGAGACCGGAGUGACCUUCCAAGACCUACUGUUGACCGCCUCAGCUCCUGCUCUGUGCUGUUCUGUUCCACUGACCUACCGAAAUCCCAUCCCAACGAAGGCGGGCUAUGAUCUCACAGACCGCGCUGGUCAGAUGAGCGGUUGCUCCAACCUGGCCGCCCAUCUCUGCACCUUGGCUGAGCUCAAGGAGGCCUACUAUCACGGCUACCGAUGUGAAUGCUGGUUUUACUUCGCGACACCAAACCGCGAUGCAGCAGUGAAAAAUGGUGGGUGCGGUUUCCACACUGGGUCCGAGUGCUUCGAGGGCAUCGUAGCGCACACAGCAAGACCAGCAGCUCGGCAUCGAGCUUUCUGUUGUCCAAAUCUUGUUUAAUUAACUUCUCUCAUCGUCACGUGGAUGAAUCCAGCCUGAAAGUUGUCUAUAACUGAAUGAAACUGAUCGGAUGGUUUUCAAUUUUCGACUCACUGUUGUGCUCAGCUUGUGAAAUAGUCGCCUUGCAAACAACAACAAUUUUGAAAACAUGAAACCUUAUCGCCUAAUUUGAUGCAAAAUUAAAGCUCAGUACACUCAUCAUAUGCCAUUAAAUGUUUUGCACACAGCGAUUAGAAAAAAAAGGACUUUUCUGUGAAGUUAGUGGAGACUGCAAGUAGUUGGGUGUAAUCAUGUGAAGCGUAUGUUGUAGUUUUGCGUUAACACUACAGGCAUUGUAACGUUGCGUCAUUACCUAGUUUAUGUUAGUUGAGGAAAAACGAAUUUUUGUGAGCAAAAUCACUGCUAUCUUUGGUGGUUUUCAUGCUGCCACGGCCACUGCUACAUGCAUUGCUAUUUCGGUUGAAAUGUGUACAUGAAGUGCUGGUUACUGAAUAGAGGAGCCAGUCCGGAACUUAGUCUUAUGCACGGUAUAUGUUUAAACAGUGGUGUAAGGGGGGGGGGGUACGUUCCUGCAAUUUAGAUUCAACUAAUGUAAAGAAAGUGCAGUUCAUUCAACCCAAAGGAACUAACAGAAAAAUGAAGUUUUGGGUAGUUACCACGUCACCGUCACUCACUCCCGCUGCCACCCACAUAUCAAUUCCUUCCAAUACACAAUAAAGCGCUCCCCCAAAAACUACUGUGCGCACAUCCUUAUCUUUUUGAUCUUCGGCCUUGAGCCUCGUGUGAACAGAACUGCCCAAACCCAGUGUGGACAAAACGGACGAUAUCACUUGACAGAUAGGGCAGACCCAUACAGUAUUGUGCAAUGUGAUACAUGCAUGCAGUAACAAGUACAAGACUUCGAAACCCAUGUUCCUUUUACGUUAACUUCAUUGUAAAAGCAGUGACUCUUUGGAAUAUAUGGUAGUUGAAAAAGCACAGUGAUUUCAAUCACAUGAAAAGAAGGCUUACUUACACAGUUUUCCCCAUGCACCCGCGAAUUUCUACUGUCUUGAUGCAACGUGGCCACCACAUGCACGCACAUGCGGUGUACGCAAUCUUAACUAUUAUUUCAUUGGAAGCAAAACUUUGUUCCCAUAAAGACGGGAUGAAAUAGUAGCCAAUCAAAAUAAUUUGUACAUGGUCAGUUAGCUAAUGAAUAGAAAAAAAUACCCUGCGAUUUAGGAGGUCAAAGGGUGGCGCUAGCCUGAGUUACGGCGGGUUGAAGUUGGGAAGUUGAGCAGAAAGAGAGAGUAAACAAUGAAUUUACACGCAAAAUUAGACCAAAACAAGACGAAACUCCAAUGUUGAACUAAAAAAUGACGGAGCUAAAUCGAUGAAUUUUGCCAACUUAUAAAAAUUUUUCAAAAGGAAUGUAUCUGAAGUUCAUAAUACUCAAUUGAGGAAGCAAAUGUUUGACGCGUUUCUGGGUUAUGGUAGAAAUGAAACUAGAAAUGAGCACCGAUUUUUCACGGGUAUUUCAGUGUGGACAAGCUGCGUGGUUCAACGGAGCGUUGAAAAUGAGCUCCAAGGAAUUG